AUGGAUCACGAGAGCCUGCGGACGGCGUCCAUGUACCUCAACAAUCUCCUCCUUGCGCGCGGCCUUCUACGCAACAGCACCGCUAUCGACUUCGUCAAGCCAUCGAAAGAGAGCCGAGCGCAGAUCAUCAACCUCGUCCACGACCUCAUACUCCGGGAAGACCGCGAUAGGGAGCAGCGGGAACAUGUCGCCACCACUCUGCGUACGCUGCGCGCCGACGAUAACCGCAAGAAUCACGAAAUCGAACGGCUAACGACCAAGAACGAGGAGGCUGCGCGGUCUUUAGUCCAAGCACAGGCGGCCGAGCGAGCAGCGCAGACGGAGUUGAAGAAGGUGGAGAGGUCGAUGAAGUCUCUGCAAGACCAGACGGCGAAGUUGAAGACAACUCUGGCACAGGUCAGGACGCAAUGCACGAAUGAUGUCAGGAAGCGGGAUCUGGAAGUUGCGCGUUUGAAGACGCAUCUGCAAGGCCAGCAGCGUGGUAACAAGGUUGGCAUGGCGGCACCGAGCAUGACGAUCACAGGCGGCGCCCGGAGAGCGAAUGUGGACGCGUCGAGGCAUAAUCUGGAGGAUCCGGAGUACAGCUUGAGGCAGGAGACGACCGAGUUCUUGACGCAGCUUAGCCAGAGCUUGAGCGAUGAGAACGACAGCCUGAUCACGCUCAUACGGGGAGCAUUGGGCACAAUGCGCGAAUUGCUGGGCCAGCCUGCGAACGCGAAACAUCCGGACAGCGCCAUUGGCAGUACUGGGAGUCACGAGGACGGGAAAGCAGAUGCGAAUAUGCUACAUCCCCUUCCGACUUCAUACGAAACACUCGCAGCCGAUCUGGAAGGUGCACUGACGCAACUCAAGACGAUCCUCACCAACCCCAGCUUUGCUUCGAUCGAAGAAGUGGAGGUGCGAGACGAAGAGAUCGUGCGCUUACGAGAAGGAUGGGAACGGAUGGAGCAUCGCUGGAAGGAGGUGCUGCAUAUGAUGGACGGCUGGAGACGUAGAAUGAACACAGGAUACACCAUCAACAUUGACGAUCUGAGGGCAGGCAUGGGGCUUGUUUCGCCUGAGCACAUGAAGCUUAACGAGCGGCCACAAGAUCACUCGCCGGAACAGAGCUUUGUCAACGAGGACGUGAGCGAGAUCAAGCUUCCAGGAAGCGACAGCGAGUCUUCGAUGGUGCUCGACCCACCGCGACUCACUGACGGCGGGCAGAGCAUUCCGAAGCGCAAGCGGGAUGCCAUGGAGCCACCCGAGUUCUUCGACUUGCGACCAUCAAGUCGUAGGCAGGAGCCCGAUCCCGAAGAAGCAGAGGAAGUGGAUGUCGAUCAAGGUGCUACUGAGGAGCCCGAGUACAGCGAAGAGGAGAACGCGCCACGCAUGACGAUCGCAGAGAAGCUAGACCUGGCGCGAGCAGAGGCGGAGGAAGCGGCAGCAACGAAGUCGUCGAAGUCCAAGGCACGGUCUAGCAGACUGCCUGUCAGCAUGAACGGCCAAGCGAAGGGACCGGUCGCUGCUGUCGCUCUAGACGGAGCGGGAGACUCAGAGCUAGACGAUACAUUGGGUAAGAUGAUGCCCAGUCCGGUUGCGAAGAAGAGCAAGAUCAAGGGGAGGCCGAGGAGGAGGAAGAGUACGCUUAAUCCGGAGGAGUUGGAGGCGUUGCUGGUGGAGUCGGAGGGGAUGUGA